AUGGCCCCUAACGCCCUACAGCGAUACCUCCUCGUAUACCAGAGGCAACGUCGACCACCUUCAACUCCGAAGGAAUCCUCUGACACAUGCAUGCCCUCGGCGCCUUCCGAACCUCCUACCGUUUCAAUUGACGACCUGGACCCAACACCAAAAUCUGACUCGAUAACUGAACUUUGCGAUCUGUGGGACGAGGCUCUUAUUCAAUAUCGAGACAUCACUGGUCUGGAUCUGCGUGAUCAGGACUCGUAUUUGCACAAACGGUUUACAGCAUGCUCCAGCCCGCAGGCGGUCAUCGCUGUAUUGGACAACAUGGACCGAGAAUUCAAGAAUUACCGCCGCCCGUCAUCGGGGGGGAUUUGGACCAAGAUUCGUAGCACACUAAGACCCAUCGUUCAUGUGGCUUUGAUUGUGCUCGAUGCUGCCGGAGAAGCUGCGGCAGCUACAGCUAUACCGGGAGGCAAGGCAUUGUUUGUGGCGCUUGCCGUGCUCUUGAAGGCUACUCAGGGCAUGAGCGAGCGCUUCGACGCAGUAGCUGAGAUACUGGAGAAGUUCAGUUAUCAUGUGGCUCGCUUAGAGAUCCAUAUGCGUGCGCAACUGAGCGAAUCCACCCGAGGCAUGAUCAUCGAGAUCCUGGCGCAUAUGCUGCGUUCUUUCGCCGCUAUCACUCAUAUGAUGAGCCAGAACCGUCUAAGUCAUUUCUGGACGGCUCUAUCCGGUAACGGGGACGAUAUGGCUAAUCUCAUGCGCCGCGCGGAGAUGCUCAUGGUAGAAGAAGACCGUCGCACUACCGCUGAGGCGUUGAGCGCUGUCAGGAUUAUCUCCGUGAAGCUUGAUGAUGCGUUCGAGAGCCUCGGGGCGGUGGCUUCAGAUGUUCAAGAGAUGUCUUCGAAAUUGAACUCGUCGGGUGUACUGGAUCUGGCGAACUUGUUCGAGGAAUGGACUACACAGGAUAGGAACGACAUGGAUCAUCUUCGUGCAAACACGUCGCAUAUACCGAGGCUUAUCAGCAUGAUGGAGACAACCAUACACGUUGUCCAGAGGAUCGAAUCCCGAGUAAUUGUGGCAGAGGAACGCGCACGGAAGGUCAUCGAGCUUACAUCGCGGGUGCUCACUCCACGCCUCGAGAGCGCGUCUCUCUUCGACCUAUUGACUGGUUUAGUCAGUUGUUUCGGGAGCCUCUCGACACAGGAGCAACAUCUAUUGAAAGGAGGUCUAGCAACCAUACUGGCCAUCGCGGCAACUAGCGUCUCAGGGAGUGAUAUCAACAACCAGUCAGAACUUUUGGUCACCAGUGUCUUGCAUCCGGACACGGUACUAGCUGCGUUCUUGCCGAUGGCGUUCGUCUACGUAGGUGUCUUCCUAUUGUGGAAGUGGUUUGAUUCCCGGCCUAAGUCCCGUGUGCACCGAAAUCCUGGCUACGCGGACGUCGAGACUAUCAUCGUCGUUGACGUGUUUGGAUUAUCACUGGUGCUUGAACUGGAUAAGUGUCAAUCCUGGGAAGAUAUUCAUACCGUGCUUUUACGUCACUUUGCUGGAACGAUAGGAAUUGACUACGUGGAGUCUCGUGCAUAUCAAAUAUCAGAUUCUGAAUCUCUCAUUAAACCAGACAACUGGGCUCAAACUGUACGGGCGAACCUCAAAGUCGAAAUGAGCAUCAUGAUUCCCCAAUCAUCUCUUUCUAUUCAAUGUCCUUGGUGCAAUUCUCCUUCACCACAAGCUGGCAAGAAUAUGCGUAUCGAAUGCGCAACCUGUCAUCGGCUCUACUGGACUUCCCAGGACUCGGGUAGUGCCCAAACAGUAAUGCUGGAUCCUCACAUUGAUCAACUUAGCUAUGAGGAUACGAGCCCAGCCCUAGAGCAAAUUGGACAAACACAGGAGCAGAAAGUGGAACUUUCUGAAGACAAGCGACCUGCACUGACAGAAUUCCGCCUGAUAACGAUCAUGCAGACACUUACAUAUGAGAAUGUUCAUACGGACAUCUCACCUCCUGACAAUAAUCAGGGUACAGUCUUGGGCAUUGAACAAUUGGAUCAUAAGAGCGGCCACCAUCCUCAGGAACCUCAAGCAGUGCAGCACUCAGACGGUCACCCGGACAUCGCCAAUGUUGUUGAGUCAUUCAAGCUCAGUCCCGUUGCUGGUAAUGUGUACGAUAGACACUCUAGAGUAUCGCUGUUCGACGAGGCCGCACGCCGGCGUCGAGGCAUUAUGCCGCCGACGUUUACAUUGGCACCUGAACUAGAACCUUCGGCGCAUCAUGGCAAGCAGGUCGCUCCCGGAAAGCCAGCGACGCAGCCGACGAGGCUCAUGCUCAUACUUCAACUCCCUCGACCAUUUCCGCCCAUGUGCAUCUCACCCGCGGGAACCGAUAUGCAUGUCACGAUUCAUGAUGUGUGGGCAGCAGCACAACGGUUCCGCCGUAUGGUCGCUACCCGCGACGAUCUGGACACUCUGUCGGAGGCAGAGCGCAAGCUCGUGAGGUCGACAUACGUCCAACGUGUGAAGUCGAACCAGACCCCAGAACUUGACGCACUCAGACGCGAAGACUUCCUCUGUGGGGCACCCAUAACGGGUUUCGUGGCUGUCGGAGACAUAUCAGGGAGGGCGACCAUUACCUUUGCGCUCAGCAAAGCACCUUGA